GAAACUGUAAUCAUUUGGUAUUUUUUUAUUGAAAAAAAUUUGGGAUAUUAAUUGAUUAUUUUCGGUCUAAAAACCUGCUUGAACAUGGGUAUUUUGAACUUAUCCAAGCUUUUAUCAGAUAUUGUACCUCAAGCCAUUAAGGAAAAUGAACUCAAAACCUAUUUCGGUCGGAAAGUGGCCAUUGAUGCUUCCAUGUGCUUAUAUCAAUUCCUCAUUGCAGUGAGAUCAGAAGGUGCCCAACUGACCUCUGCAGAUGGGGAAACAACCUCUCACCUAUUGGGAACGUUCUACCGAACCAUCAGAUUGAUAGAGAGUGGCCUCAAGCCGGUGUACGUUUUUGAUGGUAAACCACCAGAAAUGAAAUCAGGAGAACUGGGCAAAAGACAAGAAAAACGCCUUGAGGCCCAAAAAGCACUGGAUAAAGCCACAGAAGCUGGUGAUGCAGCAGAAAUGGAUAAAUUCAAUCGGCGGCUUGUUAAGGUGACAAAGCAUCAUAAUGAAGAAGCCAAACAUUUGUUGACUCUGAUGGGAGUUCCUUAUAUUGAUGCUCCUUGUGAGGCAGAAGCUCAAUGUGCAGCUAUGGUCAAAGCUGGAAUAGUGUAUGCAACAGCCACUGAGGAUAUGGAUGCCUUAACAUUUGGAUCCAAUAUUCUGCUACGUCACUUAACAUUUAGUGAAGCUAGAAAAAUGCCAAUUCAUGAAAUACAUUUGGAUAAAGUACUUGAAGGAUUGAAGUUGUCUCAUGAAGAAUUCACAGAUAUGUGUAUUUUAUUAGGAUGUGAUUAUACAGAUAGUAUUAGAGGAAUAGGACCCAAAAGAGCAAUAGAACUUAUUCAGAAACACAAAUCUAUUGAAAACAUACUUGAUAAUUUAGACAAAGACAAAUAUCCUCCUCCAGAAAAUUGGAAUUAUAAAGGAGCUCGAGAACUAUUCAUGAAUCCUGAUAUUAUGAACCCAGAAGACAUUGAGUUGAAAUGGGCAGAACCUGAUGAAGAAGCUAUGGUAAAAUAUUUGUGUGGUGACAAAAACUUCAGUGAAGAGAGGGUGAGGAAUGGGUGUAAGAAAUUAGUGAAAGCUAGGAGCGGAACUACUCAAGGAAGGCUGGAUGGGUUCUUCACUGUCCUUUCUUCAACACCCGCUAAAAGAAAGGUUGAUGAAAAGAAAAAUACUCCCAACAAAAGAGGAAAGACUGGAGGAAGAGGCAGAGGGAGGGCAAAAUAAUUGUAUACACAUUGUACUUUUUUUAUUUAUAUACUUAUUGUAGAAGUAUUGCAUUU